UCAGUGCUCAGUUGCUUCAGGCAGCCGAGCUAUUCAGAUCAUGGAGAAUAUCCUCUGUUUUCUGAACAGCUAUAUUGAGACAGGGCUGAGCCCUGACUCACAUUACUUGGAUAUUGACCCCACCUUCAUUUGCUUGAGUGGGUUGGGGUUGUUUAUACUGUACUUGUUCUAUGUGGUAUUGAUCCUGCAUUCGUCACCCAGUGAAAAAAGUAAUGACAUCCAAAAGCAUCAGGGCAGACCCAGGAGGAGAAGGAAAGGUGGAACAUUAAAAGACGGCAAAAGUUUCCAGAGGGAAGUAGAAGAGGAAAGGAAGCUACUUUCUAUUCUGAAAAGCUUUGGACCUCCUGUUUCCUGCGGUCCCCUGGGCCAGCAUCAUGAUACCACCCGCUUUCGUCGACUGUUAUGCCCAGACCCUGUCUGUCAGGUGUGUAACAGAGCAACUGCUGAUAUCCAGCGACUGCUGUCUUGGGAGUCCCUGAAAGAUGCUGCUCCUUCUGUGUCUCCUUUGACUUCUGCAGCUUCUGCAACUGAGUCAUCGUUCACUCUCUCUUCCACCCCGUCAGCAACCCCUCCAGAAGAUGUAAUACUGUCCCCUCGGCCUAAGCCUUCUCCACUGCCCCAGUUAAUUCUCUCACCUGACUUGAUCACCUCCUUAGCUAACUUGUUUUCACCCUCACCACUGAGGGACCCUCUGCCACCAUAGCCUGUUUCUCCCCUGGAUUCCAAGUUCCCCGUAGACCAUUCCCCACCCGAAGAGCUUCCCUUUCCCCUUCUCCCACAACAUCACAUUCAGAGAGCGGAGCCCAAUCUCUAUCCUGUGGCCAGUAUGUCUCUGAACCCCACCUUUUCACUUGACUCCACCAUAUGCCAAGAUAUUUCCCAGGCCAUGAAUCCCACUGAUUCGCGUGCUCAUCAUCACAAACCACCAAUCCCAUCUGCUUUACCAUCGGAAGACUGCACUGUGACUUCGUUGAAAUCAAGACUCACCAUCUUGAAGCCUUUUCUGGAGAUGUUAUCUCUUGGUGGCUCUGGUGGGACAUCCACCUAUGCCCCAACAAUCAAAGGCAUUGACCAUUCAUGCCCUGCAUCUUCAGAAUUCUCCUGGUGGCAUCCUCAUGCCAAGGGCUCUUUUUCCUCCAAUUUUGUGCCAUCUGAUUUCAUGGAGGAGCUUCUUACCCUUCAUUCUUCUGAGGCCUCUUUAGCGGGGCACUCUGUGGCCAACGUCAUACAGCCUGUUAACAUCUCCUUUGUCAGUCAUGACAUUCUGGCACUCUUGGAGAGACAUCAAAAAAGGUGUGAUCUUCUGAUGUGGAAAGAAAAUGAAAACAAAGCAGGAUCUUUUCCAACACAACUUAGGCCAAACUACCAGCUAAAGUCUUCACGGAAAAUGUUAGCCUCAAUUGCUGAUAAGCAUGACUUGGCAGCCUCCCUUACUUUUUGGGCCAGUAAAGGCAAACUAGAGGGGCAGCACAUCCAUCAGCAGCCCCCAUACUCUAAGUGCUUUGAAGACCAUUUAGAACAAAAAUAUGUGCAGCUCUUCUGGGGUCUCCCAUCUCUGCACAGCGAGUCUCUUCACCCUACUGUUCUUGUCAAACAUGGCCAUUCCUCCAUGUUUGUAAUCUUCAAUGGCAUUACAAAUACAUCUAUAUUCCAUAAAUUUUCAGUACUUCCCCCUCCCCAACCUCUGUCCUUGCCUAAUACCCAAGCUCUGCCCUUGCCUCAAACCCUGCCCCAAGGUCAGUCCCCACAUCUCACUCAGGUCCAGUCCCACAAUCAACAUCAAUCUCUACUCCCAGCCCUACUACCUAGUUCUCCAUUCCUGAUUAGGAUCUGUGGAGUGUGUUUUCAUAGACCCCAGAAUGAGGCACGGUCUCUUACGCCAUCUGAAAUUAAUCUUCUGGAGUGUAACGUGUUGCAGAAAGUGCAGGAAAGUGUGUGGGGAGAGCUUAGGCAGAAACAACUUGAAAAUGCCCUGACAGUACAUUUGAGCAAGAAAUUUGAGGAAAUCAAUGAGGGUCGAAUGCCUGGGACUGUGCAUAGUUCAUGGCAUUCAGUUAAGCAGACAAUGUCUCUUGCUGAGGAAUCCCACAGCCAAAUAAAACAUCGAAAUUUGGCAGCAUUGGUGAGUGAGGACCACGGCGUUGAUACUUCCCAGGAGAUUUCUUUCCUUAGCUCCAACAAACAAAAGACGUUUGAAACUCAUAUUAAAUCUUCCCAUAGGAAGAUGCUGUGGGGCAUUCCCCACAAGGUCCUGGAAUACAUAGAAAUCUUCAAAUUGAAAAAGGACCUUUCCAAUUCCUUUUCCCAUUUCAAUUUUCCCUCCUCAGCCACCUUCAUUUCUCGGGGAGAUACCAAAGAUGGGGUCUCUAACUCUAAUAGACAAAGCACCUUCCAAGGAGGAAAGUUUGGAACAACAAGCUCAGUCCCUGUCCUCGAUAAUCCUCAUCAUGUCACCUCACCUGUUGGCAAAGAAAAACCGGAGACUCUAGGAAGACAAUUUACUAAUGCUGAUCAUGACCUUAUAGAGACAGAUUCCAAAGAUGGGGCCUCCAUGCCCCUUAGAAAAGGUACUACAGAUUUUCAAGGAGAAAAGUUAGAAACAACCAGCUCAUUCUCCACCCUGGGUCAUCCUCAACUGGUCUCCUCACCUAUUUAUCAAGAAAAGCAGGAGACCCUGAGAAGAGAAUUCGCUGAUACUGACAAUGAUCUUACAGAAAGUGUCCCAACAACUGAGGAUGGCGGACAGACUUUUCUGCCCCCCGCACACAGCAUCAUAGACGAAGUCAGUCAGAAACAGACUAUACUGGCCAGUAGAUGCAGCACAGAGCUGCCCAUAAUGCAAGCUGGAGUUGGCCGUGAGUCAAGGGAUAAGAGAGAGAGUGCCAGUAAUGUUAACAGGCUUCAGGGCAGUAGAAAGACCUAUCCUGUCACCAAUGGGUCGAAGGAGAUGUUCAAGGAAGAGGAGAGCUGUGCUCUUCAAUCACAAAAUAGGAACAACUUGACAUCCAGCAAGUCAGGAAGCUGCUAAGAGACAAAUGUAAAAGCAAGCACAUCUCAUGAAACUGAAAUUUUCCCACCAAGAGUAUCAGUUCCCCAAGAUCCUAAAUCGUCAUAUCUUAAAAAUCAGAUGCUGAGUCAGUUAAAGUUGGUCCAGAGGAAGGAUAGCCAACUUCAGAGUCAUUUCACUGACAUGUCUCUUGCCUUAGAUAACUUGAGUUCCAAGGACUUACUGACUCAUCCCCAGGGCAUUUCAAGUCGGGACACAGAAACUUCCCAGGUGCUGCAUGUCCACUUGGAGGACAGAGGGAUCUGUGCGGCACAGCAGCAGGAGCCCAGUGUCCCUACCCAUGUCUUACAGAAAUGCCAAGUUAAGAAUUUUUCACCAGUUACAAAGAGAGUGAGCCCUCUAAGACCCAAGGGAGGAGAGGUUGGUGGAGGGGAUGCAGGGUUCAGGACAUCCCAACUAUACCAACUCAGGAGAAAGAGCCACGCUAUUCAUAACAAGACAUCAAGGGAGUUGCUUGGGAGCAAAUCUUACCUAACCUUGAAAACACAGCCUCCUCCUGAAAACCUUUUCAGAAAGUGGAUGAAGACCUUUUUGCAGUGGUUUAAUAAACCCAGCAUAACAUAUGAAGAUCAAGAAAGUUCCCAGGCAAAGGAUAGCUCCCUGUCAUCAUCUGUGCAGAAUAGAGGUCGAGUUACAAGUAAAGCUGCUUUUACUGGGACUACUGAAGCUCAGAAAAUUAGGAAAGACACUGGGGAGUUCCUGAAGCUGUGGCAUAGGCCUGGGAUAGAUGUCACCUGUCCCCAAGAGCCCCUUGCCUCCCCAGUAGAACUUGGGAAAGCUAAGCACGGGCCAGAUGUGGAGGGCAGAGCAGAGCCUGUCCAGGGCUAUCCCCACAACUGCACAGCUGCCUCCUGCAAAGUGACAUGUACCAAAUCUUGCAGCCAACAAGCUAUCUUUGUUGGCCAGAAUUAUCCUAUAAUGAUUAAACAGAUCAUAGACAAGUACAGACAGCCCGAGAAAGUUGAGGCAUUUAAGGGGAAGAUAUUGUGUCAAAGCCAUCCCCCAUCCAUGCCCCACAGGAAGCCUAUGCCACAUUCAAACCCCACUUGUUGGUGUCAUGUCACCCUGGUGUGUCCAGCUGUCCCAACCAGUGCUAAAAGCACUGUGUUCAGUGAUGUGCCUUUACCAACUGGACAGAAAAUGCUUCCGAAGCAUUUCCAGGGAGGAAAAUUUUCCCCCACAAAAUCAUUCACUGCUUGUUGAGAACCUUGACUCUCCCUAAUAAAUGUUCUAAUAAGA